AUGGAGAACGGUUCAAAAGUCGAAGCCUCGCCUGUCGCUGCCGAGGAAGAGGAGAACGAUACUACAGUCCAACCAUAUCUUGAAUAUGUCAAUCCUGCAAAGUCGAGCAAGAGGUUCGGAUUACGAGGAUCUGCUCCUUACCGGAUUCCUAAAGGUAAAUCACACUCACAUGCUGAUGAAAUCGUUCUCAUCUUGGCCGUAUCAGGCAACGAUCCUUUCAACUACGAGGAAAAGUAUCCUGAAGAUGCGUAUUGUGAAGAGAUGGGACACAACGCCAGGGUAUUUCGGACGUACCUUGAUGAGCGUGCGAUCUAUGAUGCGAAUAUGGUUGAAGAGGCGAGAGACGGCGUCGAUGUCCUUCUCGUUUUCGCGGGUCUUUUCUCGGCUGUGGUUACAACAUUUGUAGUCCAAACAUCGCAAAGUCUACAAGCGGACUAUGCAGAGAUGUCUGCUAAUCUACUGUUCGAGAUGAUCAAUAUUCAGCGUGCUAUUGCCAGCGGCGCUUCCUUGGACACCGUUGCUGCUUCCCCUCUGAACCCCAACGUCACGUUUAUCGCUUCAACCACGAGCGUCUGGGUGAACGGUCUGUGGUUCACGAGUCUUGCACUCAGCCUCACGACAGCGCUCGUGUCGGUGCUGGUCAAGCAAUGGCUCCAUCAUUACAUCGCUUUACCCUCUGGAACACCCCGGGAGCGUAGCCUUCUGCGGCAGUUCCGAUUUGCGGGAUUGCAGAAGUGGCGUGUUCUCGUUAUCAUCGGGCUACUCCCCGUUCUAAUGCACACCGCCCUUGCGAUAUUCUUUGUUGGCCUCGUGAUCUUCCUUGGCCCAUUACGAGAUUCGCUUUCAUGGGUUAUUGGUGCGAUUACAGCCAUUGCGUAUACGGCCUACUUGAUGGCCCAUAUUUCCCCCUGA